AUCUGUCUCUGCGUUUCUCAGCCUCUUAAAUUACACGCAGAUUUUUUCUUCUCUCUCUCUCUAUAUCUAUCUAACUUUCUCUCACUACCCCCAUCAAUGGAGAGUCCUCAUUCUCCUUCUUCUUCGUCUUCUUCUUCUGAAGGGCAUAGCGCCGACGCCAUUAAUUUCGAAGCCGAGGAGCCACGAACGCCGUUAGCCGUGCGCCGAGCCAUGCAGUUACUCAACUCCGGCGAGCCCGAGCUGCGCCUCCAAGCCGCUCGUGAUAUCCGGCGGCUCACCAAAACCUCCCACCGCUGUCGCCGACAGCUUUCUGAAGCUGUCGGUCCACUCGUCUCCAUGCUCCGAGUCGACUCGCCCGAGUCACACGAACCUGCUCUCCUCGCCUUGCUUAACCUAGCCGUCAAAGAUGAAAAGAAUAAAAUCAAUAUAGUGGAGGCUGGUGCAUUAGAACCGAUAAUUAGUUUCCUCAAGUCACAAAAUAUAAAUCUGCAGGAGUCUGCAACUGCAUCUUUGCUCACACUAUCUGCUUCUUCAACCAACAAACCAAUUAUCAGUGCUUGUGGCGCCAUUCCUCUUCUUGUGGAUAUCCUUAGAGAUGGAAGCCCACAAGCUAAAGCUGAUGCAGUAAUGGCUCUCUCUAAUUUAUCAACACACCCCAAUAAUCUCAGCAUCAUUCUCGAGACAAAUCUAAUCCCUUUUAUAGUUGGCCUUCUUAAAACCUGUAAAAAAUCCUCUAAAACAGCUGAAAAAUGCUGUGCUUUGAUAGAAUCGUUGGUGGAUUAUGAUGAGGGCAGAACUGUCUUGACAUCUGAAGAAGGUGGGGUUCUUGCAGUUGUGGAAAUUCUUGAAAAUGGGACUCCCCAAAGUAGGGAGCAUGCUGUUGGAGCACUAUUGACAAUGUGCCAAAGUGAUAGAUGUAAAUACAGGGAACCAAUUCUAAAAGAAGGUGUCAUUCCAGGACUUCUUGAGCUUACUGUUCAAGGAACAGCCAAGUCUCAGUCAAAAGCACGCACCCUCUUGCAGUUACUAAGAGAAUCACCAUACCCAAGAUCUGAAAUUCAACCUGACACACUUGAGAAUAUAGUAUGCAACAUCAUAUCCAAGAUUGAUGGUGAUGAUCAAUCUGGUAAAGCAAAGAAGAUGCUAGCUGAGAUGGUCCAAGUCAGCAUGGAACAGAGUCUGAGACAUUUACAACAAAGGGCACUCGUAUGCACCCCAACUGAUCUUCCUAUAGCUGGCUGUGCUUCUCAAGUUUCUUCAAAAUGAUAGUUGCCCUUGUCCAACUUUGUUAUCUUUUUUCCUUUUAUUCCACUCUCUUUUUCUUUCCACUUGGAGCUUGUGACAUAAAAUUUCCAUAGCAAAAAUGAAAAAAAAAAGAAUAAUACAUAGUAAAAGUAUGCCAGUCCAGGCCAUUGUGGAGGUAUCGAGUGACUGGUCAUUGUCAAUAAACUAAGUAGUAAGAGAUAAAAGAGCAUGAUUUUGUAGUUGGAUUGUAAAGAAACUCUUGUCUAAAAUCAUAUACAAGUCGUAUAGGCUCUUUGUCCAAUUCUUCUUGUCUUACAUUUCUGCAGUGACUUAAUAAGAUUAAGCUUCUACAGAGUGGGACCACAUGGUCCAUUGC